GCUUCACGACGAGAGGAGUGAGUGAAGCCAGCCAGCCAGCCCCCCCGUUAAUAUCGUCAUCAUCAUUACAAUCACCGACACCGAGGUGUCUUGGUUCGUACAGUGUGUAGCGUGCAGCGUUCAGCGUGCAGUGUGCAGUGUGAGGAUCUUCUGUACAAAAGGAAAGAGAGAGAGGUGAAGGUGUCGAAUUUUUAUAAUUGAAUUAAAAAGAGUUAAGUAGCGCGUUGAGGGAAUCGAGACAAAUCAAGAGAAAUCGAGAAACAUGUUCCACCUGAAUAAAUUGUCACUAAAGCCGGUGGCUGAUAUGCCUGGAGUGUUGGCGCGUGCCGUUCCAGCGGCCCUACAGGCCCGUACUUACGCCGAUCAUCAGAUUCCCGAUCGUCUCAAGGACAUUCCAAACGCCGAAAAUCCAAAAUUUUUCAACAUGAUUGAGUACUUCUUCCAUCGUUCCUGUCAAAUUGCUGAGGACAAACUCGUCGAGGAAAUUGGAAGACGAUCAAAAAUGACCAUCGAGGAGAGGAGGAAGAAGGUCAAAGGAAUUCUUAUGAUGAUGGAGCCCUGCGAUCACAUUCUAGAAACUACUUUCCCCUUGAAACGGGACUCGGGGGAUUAUGAGAUGAUUACGGGCUACAGGGCACAGCAUUCCACUCAUCGCACCCCAUGCAAAGGAGGUAUUCGUUUCUCGAUGGAUGUUAGUAGAGACGAAGUCAAGGCACUUUCAGCUCUGAUGACCUUCAAGUGUGCCUGUGUCGAUGUGCCAUUUGGUGGUGCCAAGGCGGGAAUUAAAAUCGAUCCUAAAAAAUACUCUGAACAUGAACUCGAAAAGAUAACUCGUAGAUUUACAUUGGAAUUGGCUAAGAAAGGAUUCAUUGGACCUGGUGUUGACGUACCAGCCCCAGACAUGGGCACAGGAGAACGUGAAAUGUCUUGGAUCGCAGACACCUUCGCCAAGACAAUUGGCCACCUCGACAUCAAUGCUCACGCCUGUGUAACAGGAAAGCCCAUAAACCAGGGUGGAAUUCACGGUCGUAUCUCAGCAACAGGUCGAGGUGUCUUCCACGGUCUCGAGAACUUCAUCAACGAAGCCAAUUACAUGAGCAUGAUCGGAACAACCCCAGGUUGGGGUGGCAAGACCUUCAUCGUCCAGGGUUUCGGUAAUGUGGGACUCCACUCGAUGCGUUAUCUACAUCGUGCUGGGGCCACUUGCAUCGGUGUCAUUGAGCACGAUGGCUCGAUCUACAAUCCAGAGGGCAUUGACCCCAAGGCUCUGGAGGACUACAGACUCGAUAAUGGAACAAUAGUGGGAUUUCCUGGGGCUCAGCCUUAUGAGGGGGAGAAUCUCAUGUUCGAGCCUUGUGAUAUCUUUAUUCCUGCUGCCAUUGAGAAGGUUAUCAACAAGGAUAAUGCCGGACGUAUUCAGGCUAAAAUAAUUGCCGAGGCUGCCAACGGCCCAACCACCCCAGCCGCCGACAAAAUUCUCAUAGAGCGCAACAUUCUCGUAAUACCUGAUCUCUACAUAAACGCCGGUGGUGUUACAGUCUCCUUCUUCGAGUGGCUCAAGAACCUCAAUCACGUAUCCUACGGUAGACUCACAUUCAAGUACGAGAGAGAAUCCAAUUAUCACUUGCUGGAGUCUGUCCAGGAGUCACUUGAGCGCAGAUUUGGACGUGUCGGGGGGAGGAUUCCUGUCACGCCAUCUGAGGCAUUCAAUAAGAAAAUUGCUGGUGCUUCCGAAAAAGAUAUUGUUCAUUCCGGUCUUGAUUAUACUAUGGAACGAUCUGCUAGGGCUAUCAUGAAGACUGCCAUGAAGUUCAACCUUGGUCUUGACCUGAGGACAGCUGCCUACGUAAAUUCGGUCGAGAAAAUUUUCACAACAUACUCUGAGGCUGGUCUUGCAUUCUAAGAACCCAGUCACGAUAGAAUAGAAAAAAAAAAGAAACAAAAAUUACAAAUCACGGGUCACAGAGUGUCAGCCAGUAUUCAAAUAUUUUCAUCGACUCUAUUGUUCAAAUGAUAAGAAAAAAAAAACAUAACGAAGCCAAUCUUUACAAUUGCAAGAAUGACAGAUAAAAAGAGAAAUUUAAUUAUUCUUUAUUUCUCAUUAAUCGUUUUUCCAAUUGUGAUGGGCAUCGAAAAUUGUUGAAAGAAUAAUUAUAAUAAUAAUAAUGAGAGUGCUCAGUAGACUCGAUAUUUACCACUAGUUGGCAACAAACAUGUCACGCAGCAUCGAUAGUCAAUGCAAUACCACAGUAACGUGUUACUUAAUUUACAAAAAAAAAAAAAGGUGCAACACCAAGCAAUGUCAGUGAAUCAAAAUAUCCACAUGCACAGAGACUGUUGCAAUUAAUGCGCGGAAUUUUUUUAUGUCAAUUUUUAUCGAUAUCGCAAAGUUUUUCAUUGAAAUGUAUAAACUCGAUGAUAGCAUUUACACGCUGAAUUGAAUUUUAGAUUAAACAAUCAUUGAGUCGUGAUUCAAUUGACAGUAAUUUGUGAAUCUUAACUUACGAAUUAUGAUUCAUCCGAUAUGACUGUACUUUCUACUGAUAUUGAAUGCAAAAUGUAUUAUAUGAGUGACAUUUACAGUUGUACUGAUGUUAAUACUCCGAAAGCAACAUUUUAAUAUUAAAAGAUAAGCUCACUUGCGUCAGAAUGGUUA